CCCGGACAGAUCCCUUUGGGGCGCCGGGAGAGACCGGACAGAAGCCGCGGGAGGGCGGGGCGGAGUAAUAGCCACGCGUGGGCGGAGCCAUCCCUGAAGUGUUACCUUCCUCCUUCCGCCCGCAGGAGCCGAGCGCACUGAUGGCGGGCUUGGAGGUGCUCUACGAGUCGGCGGCGCCGUCCAUCACCUGCACGCAGGACGCGCUGGUCUGCUUCCUGCACUGGGAGGUGGUGACGCACGGCUACUACGGCCUGGGCACCGGCGACCAGCCAGGUCCCAGUGAUAAGAAGUCAGAGCUGCUGCCAGCUGGGUGGAACAACAGUAAAGACCUGUAUGUCCUCCGGUAUGAGUCCAAGGACGGCUCCAGAAAGCUCCUUGUGAAAGCCAUCACCAUGGAGACCAGCAUGAUCAUCAAUGUGCUGGAAUAUGGCUCGCAGCAGGUGGCAGACUUGACCCUGAACUUGGAUGAUUAUAUCAGUGCAGAAGACCUGCAUGACUUCCACAGGACCUAUAAGAACAGUGAGGAGCUCCGGUCUCGGAUCCUGUCUGGAAUCAUCUCACCCAUCCAUGAGCAGUGGGACAAGGCUAGUGUGAGCAGUCCCCAUCGGGAGUUUCCCCCUGCCACAGCCAGAGAGGUGGACCCCCUCCGGAUUCCCUCUCACCAUCCGCACACCAGCCGGCAGCCUCCCUGGUGUGAUCCCCUGGGCCCAUUUGCUGUCGGGGGAGAAGACCUAGACCCUUUUGGGUGUCGGAGAGGUGGCAUGGUUGUGGAUCCCCUGAGAUCCGGUUUCCCGAGAGCUCUUAUUGACCCAUCUUCAGGCCUCCCAAACCGUCUUCCUCCAGGCGCUGUGCCCCCAGGAGCUCGCUUUGACCCCUUUGGGCCCAUUGGGACCAGCCCAUCUGGACCGAACCCAGACCAUCUCCCCCCGCCGGGCUUCGAUGACAUGUACCUGUGAAGGCCUCAAGAAUGUAACAUCCCAGCCUCCCCUCCACUCUCCUGGAGCUGCCAUCGCCGGCCCCACCAGCAACCGUGUUCUUGCGGGCUGGGGGCAAAGGACUCUGCCCAUGUGUUUGCAGGCUGGCUGGGAUUGCCUCCCCGACCCUUAUCAGAGCCAAGGUACAGCAGCCCUCCACCUGGCUGCACAUAGGUCCCAAAGAGAAAUCAGCGUGUCUCUCCCACCACCAGAGAGACUCCGGCAACAUACACCCUCCACCUGAUGCUAUAAGAACAGAACGCAUUUUGGAUGUUAUUAUUGAGAACCAAAUGUCAAUACAGAGUCCGUGUUGCCAGUCUCCCACUUUUCUUUCUACAUUAAUGCAUAGCUCCUUCCAGUUUUGAGAAUUUAGGCUCUGAGACUAUAGGACUGAAUAGCUCCUCCCAUCUGAACCCAUUCUUCUCGACCUCCCCUUUCAUGUCACUGUUGCUCCUGACGUUACUGAGAUGAAUCUAGCUACAUGGAUGGCAGUGAGUGACUGUAAUUCCCAUAGGUCACAAGGAUGACUCUCACAAGGACAGGCACGUUGUGCAAAGACUGUAUAUCAUUGUGAUGAGAGCAAAAUCUCCUGGCCAUUCCUGUUCUGGGCCAACCCUCUGGAUCGCCUGGGCCUGGACAGCAGUGGCCUAUAAGCAGAGGAAUAAACAGAAUUUAAUCACA